CUCUCACACGUCAAUCAGCUGUUCUACCAACAUGGCCACGUUAGGACGUAGCUCAGUUAAUUUAUUACGAAAAGUACGAAUAAAUCCAGUAUUAGCCCAAAAUUUUAGUACCUUUAGAAGUGAUAAGGUAUUCACUAAAGUCCUUACUACAUGUGCAUGUGUUUUUGGCGGUGGUUUAGUGUAUUAUGCUGUGAAAAUUAAUGGAAAUGGACACACUGUCUAUGCACUUAAAACGAAGCCGGACGAGUUGGCCAGAUCCGUGAAGCUCACAUCACGAGAAAGGCGAUUCAUAAAGUUUGCUAGCGUCGAAUAUGACGGACAGCUGUACAUGACUCCUCAGGACUUCCUAGAGUCGGUCGUUGAGCAAGAACCAAGGCCCCGGCUGAAGAGACGUGUUUUGACCACCAAAGAGAUAGAACAUCUGCGUGACCAAACGCCAGCGUUGAAGAAAGGCUCUCCUCAAAUGUUCCGCAAUUUGAGAGAUAAAGGGAUAAUAUCAUACACGGAAUACUUGUUCUUGCUUUCAAUUUUAACAAAACCAGCGUCUGGUUUCCAAAUAGCGUUCAACAUGUUCGACACCGACGGCAACCAAAGAGUAGAUAAGAAUGAAUUUCUAGUCAUUCAACGCCUGCUCGGUGGUGCUUUCAAGGAACGUAAAAAUUUGGAUGCGAAGAGUCAAGAAGCAAUGGAAAAAAUCUUUAGUUUCGCAUGGAAAGGCAAGCGUGGCAUGACCGAUAAAGCGGAGGGCGAUGGCAGUGGGGAAAAGCCGCAGGACACUUAUGUGAACGACGAGCAAGGCCUACAGCGCAGGCACAACGUCGACACAUUCUUACAGGUCCAUUUCUUCGGCAAGAAAGGAACCAAUGAUCUCAAAUUUGACGGUUUCAAGCAAUUCAUGGAGAAUCUUCAGACCGAAGUAUUGGAAUUGGAGUUCCAAGAAUUCGCCAAAGGCCACGAAACUAUAUCAGAAGUAGACUUUGCGAAAAUUCUACUGCGAUAUACUUACCUUGACACUGACGAAUACGACAUGUACCUCGACCGGCUGCUGGACCGGAUGAAGGACGAACGCGGCAUCACAUUCGAAGAAUUCAAAAUCUUUUGUCAGUUCCUCAACAAUCUGGAGGACUUCACUAUCGCUAUGAGAAUGUAUACACUCGCCGAUCACCCUAUAUCCAAAGACGAGUUCCAUCGCGCUGUGAAGAUAUGCACCGGUAUAGGACAGUCUGAACACCUGGUGACCACAGUGUUCGCGAUCUUCGACGCGGACGGCGACGGUCUGCUCAGUUACAAGGAAUUCAUUGCUAUCAUGAAGGAUCGCCUGCAUCGAGGAUUCAAGUCCUACGCGAAGAAUGAAGGCUGGGAAGCAUUCAAGACCUGCGUUAAACAAGAAAUGAAGAGUGCCGUAUAAACAUAGUAAAGAGUCUGACCGUAAAUAUUUAAUUCGAAUUAAAUACUAUAAAGGAGUUAUGGCUUUGUAGAAUAUCUGAGCUACGGUAUUACAAACUCGGUGGAUCAAAUUCCAUCAUAUAUUAAACUAUCUUCACAUAUUACGACGCCCCCCAAUUAGGGCUGAUCCAGUCUUCAGGGCAAAGUUGAGGACAAUGCAUACUGCCUUCAAGUCAGGGUUUUUUAUUAAAUCUAUCCAUUAAUGUUACAAAUAAUAUUAAUGGUCGACCUCCCCUGGUUUCUGUUGUCUGGACUUCCAGUAAAUCUUUAAAUUAGGUAUGAUCUUUAAAUCAUUUUAAAGAUUGUGAUUUAAAGUUUGAUCCAAUUCCAUGCGUUUCCUUCAAUAAAAUGUUUGAAUCGCUAUCUUAUGAAGCACAGAGCUCACGUUACAAUACCAUUCUUUAUAGACCUACGCCUUUUAAAGGCCGAAAGUUCGAUUGUUGCCAUUAGAGUAAAAUCAAUAUUAACUAGUUUUUUUUAGUUUCAAAAGCUUUGAAACUAAAAAGUUAUACCUACUGAAUAUAUUUUUCAGAGAUUAUUCCGAAGACACUGGAUAUAUUCUCAUUUUAGAAACUAGCUUACCUACACUAAAUUUGUCUUUCGUGUGAUUUUUUUAUUAUAAUUAGUGUAAAGUUGCUUUCACACAGCACACUUAGAGAUUGACGCUUCCUGUUUGUUGUCAAACAUUUUUUAACAAAUUGUAAAAAUAUUUUGUAAAAAAAGUUAUCAAUUAUAAGUGUUUUGUUAUAUGUACAACUAAUUUGUAUUCGCAAAGUAAUUUGUUGAACUAUCGUAGGAGCUUUUAUAACUAAUAUUUUAUAACAUCUGUGUGAGAGCAUUUUUCAUAUUAGUAACACUCAUACUGUUUGCAGGAUUUGUAAAGACCUCGUAUUAUGAUCAAGCAAAGCUUCUCACGCAAAUUCAUACAUUCAUAAAAAGUAACGUGCAUCCGCCGGAUAUUUUGUCAACCACGUCGGAUUGAUGAAACGCGGUCAUUGUUACUUUAUCGUUCAUUUUAGUAGAUUAAAAUAAUCAUUCUUGUCAAGUGUGCUCCGCCCCGUGUGCAUGGGCUCAUAUAAACACUUAAAUGGUAUCUUCACACGAUCACCGGUAGUCGAGCGUAUAUAAAUGUCAAGUUCGUCGAACACCUUUUAAACCGAGUUUACAUGGGGUCAGCAACUGAAGCCGAAUUUACACAGGGUCUGUAACUGAAACGGAGUCAGGUCAAAAACGAUAAAGAACUCAUAACAUGACCGACUCCGUGUAAAUAAUGCGGUCCGUUGACUGACAUUACUGACCCUGUGUGUACGCUCGCUUACUGUCAGACAUUUUGUCCCUCGUAUGCACAUGUAUAUGCGUUAACACUAUUUCAUUGGUUCUUUCUAUGUUUUCAUGCUACGGUAAACUUUGAAAAUAAUUUAUAGUGCUCAUUAUAUUUAAUAAAAUUUUACUUUAUUUUUAUUUGCCUUUAGAUUCUAAACAAUGAAACAUAUUUGUUAAAGUCGAUUACAUUCUAAGUAAACAAAGCACCUUUGUAAUUUAUUUGUUAUUAAUUUUAAGAAGGAGGCUGUGUUUGUUACCUACAUACAUUUAAACUUAAUUUAUAAUUAGGUGCUUUUUGUGAAUAUUUUUGUUGUAAUAUUUAUUUAAAUCCGUACUAGAUUUUUGAAAUACAAAGACAACUGUGUUUGGUUGUAUUCAUUGUAUAAAAUUGGUCAUAUAAGUUGUUGAUUAUUUAUUACAGUAAUUUGUAAUUUUCAAAUGUCAAUGGGUACUAGUGAAGAACACUACUUG